AAUGGUGGAGCAGAGGUGAACAGCGAUGACCAUGUUGUCUUUGGCUGUGGACUGAUUCUCUCUCUUUCCCUCUUUUUCCCCCCCCCCCCUUCUUUCCACCUACAGGGUGACUUGGCCAAGAAGAAGAUUUACCCCACGUUGUGGUGGCUUUAUCGUGAUGGUCUCCUGCCAGAGGAUACCCAUGUGGUUGGCUACGCCCGCUCAGAUCUCAGCAUUGAUGCCAUCCGCAAACAGACUGUACCCUUCUUCAAGCUCUCCGUAGGUGAGGAGCAGAAAGUGGAUGCCUUUUUCCUGCGGAAUAGCUAUGUGCAGGGCCAGUACAAUGAGGAGGCCAGUUUCCAGAGGCUGGACGCUCACAUCAACUCCCUGCACCGCGGCCAGCAGGCCAAUCGGCUCUUCUACCUCGCCUUACCCCCCAGUGUCUACAUGGAUGUGACCCGCAACAUUCGGCACUACUGUAUGGGCAAGACAGGCUGGAAUCGGGUGAUUGUGGAGAAGCCGUUUGGGAAAGACCUGGAGAGUUCAAACAAGCUGUCGGACCAUCUCUCGUCGCUGUUUACCGAGGAACAAAUCUAUCGUAUUGAUCACUACCUGGGCAAGGAGAUGGUGCAGAACCUCAUGGUGCUCAGGUUUGCAAACCGCAUCUUUGCCCCAGUGUGGAAUCGGGACAAUAUAGCUUCAGUCAUCCUCACUUUCAAGGAACCCUUUGGAACCGAGGGCCGAGGGGGCUACUUUGAUGAGUUUGGGAUUAUCAGGGACGUUAUGCAGAAUCACAUGAUGCAGAUGUUGUGCCUUGUUGCCAUGGAGAAGCCGGCUUCUACCAACUCUGAUGAUGUGCGGGACGAAAAGGUGAAGGUAUUAAAGUGUGUUCCUGAGAUUGAGAUGGAGAACGUCGUGCUCGGGCAGUAUGUUGGCGAUCCCAAGGGGCAGGGGGAGGCCCGGAAGGGUUACCUUGAUGAUCCCACUGUGCCCAAGGGCUCAGUGACCCCCACAUACGCUGCUGCGGUGCUCUAUGUCCAGAAUGAGCGAUGGGAUGGAGUCCCGUUCGUCAUGCGUUGUGGGAAGGCACUGAAUGAGCGCAAGGCGGAGGUGCGGCUGCAGUUCCGGGACGUGCCCGGUGACAUCUUCCAGAGCCAGUGCAAACGCAAUGAGCUGGUGAUCAGAGUACAGCCCAAUGAGGCCAUCUACACCAAGAUGAUGACCAAGAAACCAGGCAUGUCCUUCCACCCGGAGGAGGCAGAGCUAGACCUCACCUACGGCAGCCGCUACAAGGUGAGUGGGAACAGGAUCACUGAGAGACAUGAUGAGCUGAGAGAAGCCUGGCGUGUAUUUACCCCAAUGCUCCGUAAACUGGAAUCUUCAAAAGUGCACCCAGUUCACUACGUCUAUGGCAGCCGCGGACCCCCCCAGGCCGACGAGCUGCUGAAGAAAGUUGGUUUCCGUUACGAGGGCACCUACAAAUGGGUCAACCCCCACAAGCUCUGAGCUCGCUCCAUUGGGGAGGGGGGGGAGGCUGGAGGGGUGAGGGAGCUGGCUACAGGGUGAGAACCCCUGCUCCACUGCCCAACCAUGUCCCUCUCUGACCCCCUACCUCACCAGCUCUGGAUUAUGGGGGGAGGAGGAUUCUUUUUUGGAGUGGGGCUGUGUACUGCUCCUCACUCACCGAAUUGCUUAAUGACUCUCGGCUGGACAAAGGAGGUCGGAAUUGGCUCCGCACCGUUCUCUCCCUCAGUCUCGCAACGCAAGACCACACAUUCCAAAGCGGAGCCUGGCUGUUUUGGAGCUGGGUGGGUGAUUGGGGUGGGGGGGAAGAUUGGGAUAAAACAAUCUACGUGUUCCUGAUUGCAUUGGUGUCUGUCUCUGUAUUGCCUCGGUGGUGACUGACAGAAAAUUCCUGAUGGGCAGAGUGGCCACGUGCGCAGACUGAUCUCUGACCCGGCAUCAACUCCCACUUACACUCCCACUCACUCGUGCUCUCUCACUCAUUCCCUUGCAUUCACACUCACACUCCCUCAUGGUUACAUUCCCGUGCUCGCUCUCAUUCCCUUAUGCAAACAUAUUCUCAUGCUCCAGGUCACUUGCACACACACUCAGGCUCAUUUCUUGCGCUCACACAUGGUUCCCCCAUUUUCUCUCUCGUAGAUGGACACUCGCUUGUAGAUGUUCAUGCUCUCACAAUUCCCCCAUUUCAAACACACUUGCACAAUUGCUGACCCAUGGGUUCACACUCACAUGCAUGUUCACUUUCACUUGCACUCACGUUCACAACAUAAACACAGUUCCCUUGUCCAGAACGACUCACGCUCACAUACACUUGUGUUCACAAACUGUGUGUGUAUGCACACUCCCUCUCUCAGACUAACAUGCACACAGAUCCACUCCAGUGUAGAGAGAAUUUUACUCUAUCUAAACCCCAUCUACUCCAUAUCCUUGGAAUGUUUGAUGGGGCCAAUGUAGAGGGAGCUUUAUCUACAGUUCAAUGCUUUAGGUUUACAGCUGGACAUUAUAUAAUUAACGGGGGGUUUUCCCUUAGUGGCUGUUUUUAAAGGUCAGCAAAGUCCCAGUCCUGAAGAUUUUCAGAGUUGUUACUCUCCUGUCUGGUGGAGAGAGGGGUUGGGGUCCCAAUCCCUCACGAUGGCUGGGCACUCUGUACCAUGUAGUUGUUCCUACCCACUGGCUGCUUAGCCUUGGCAUGGGCAGUGGGUUACUGGUAAGACCAAGGAAGGGAAGGUCAGCACUGGCACCCAAGCUGCUAUGAUCUCUCCGCAAUCUCUCGCUCUGCGUUAUUCUUUUUGUACCCGUGUUAGUUUUUAACUGUGUACUCUGCUGUAAUAAAUUUGUAGUCGUAA